AUGAAGGAAUGGGAAAUUGAUACAAAAACUAUGUGUAUUGUGCAUGACAAUGCGGUAAAUAUUAAGAAUGCCGUUACUGCAAUGGCUCCAAACAUUAAAAGUAGGACAUGUUUCGCUCAUUCAUUGCAGUUAUGUGUUAACAAAGGUUUGGAAGAAAAUGAAAUAAAACAAAUUCUAAUUACUGCAUCUUCAAUCGUUUCACAUUUCAAACACUCAACAGUAGCAAUCAAAGCACUUCAAGUAGCACAGAAAAAAUUAAAAAUGCCAGAAAAAAAAUUAAUUCAGUCUGUUAAAACUAGAUGGAACUCAAUUUAUGCAAUGGUUGAACGACUUAUCGAAUCUCGACAAUGUAUAAGCAUAGUUUUAAAUGACCGUAAUACCACAACUAGAACAACAGCAAUAUCACUGGAACUCAGCGAAAGUAAAUGGGAGCUAUUGGAGCAGUUAGUUAAAGUGCUCAAGCCUUUCGAUCUUGUUACUAAAGUCUUAUCAUCUGCAACAACUCCAACAAUAUCAACUGUACAUCCAAUUUUAAAAAGUAUUGUCCAACACUAUUUGACUCCCAACGAAUCUGACCAACAUAAAAUUAAAAUAUUUAAAGAAACAUUGUCCCAAGAGUUCGAAGUAAGAUUUUUUAGUCAAAUGCACAAUGAUUCUAAAUUUCUUCUAAAUAUUGCUUCACUUUUAGACCCACGUUAUAAAAAUUUUUUUGAUGACGAUAGUGAUACUUUAAUUACCUUAAAAGAUUUUAUUAUGCAUCAUUUAAAUUAUGAAGAUUCUUCAAUUGAUGAUACUACCAAUCAGCCAAACCCUGUAGUAUCUGCUUUGGAUAUUUUAUUUCCCCAAAAUCAUAAUGGUGAAGAUAUAAUUGAACAAAAUGAGCUCGACAAAUACUUAAAAGAAAACUGUAUUAACAAGAAUGCCUGUCCAUUAACAUGGUGGGCUGAAAAUGACAAGAAAUAUCCAGUGAUAUCAAAACUUGCUAAAAAAUAUUUAUGUAUCCCGUUAACAUCUACGCCCUCAGAGAGAGCUUUUUCUACAGCGGGGAAUAUUAUAACUUCUAAAAGAAAUUGUCUGGCUGGUAAAACAGCCAAAUGGUUAAUAUUUCUUUCACAUAAUGCUAAAUUACAAUAA